GUCUGCCGCCGCCAGCGCCGCCGCCUUCGCUCGGCCGCCCGCUGCAGUCCUCGCCGUCUGCCGACUACCAGGUGAGCCCUGACCCAGGAUGGCUGAGCCCCGCCAGGAGUUCGAGGCGACGGAAGAGCACGCUGGAGGCUAUGCUGUGCUCCAGGACCAGGAGGGUGACAUGGACACCGGCCUGAAAGAGUCUCCCCUGCAGACCCCCGCCGAUGACGGAUCUGAGGAACCAGGCUCUGAGACCUCUGAUGCUAAGAGCACUCCGACGGCCGAAGACGUGACAGCGCCCCUAGUGGAUGAGCGAGCCCCUGGCGAGCAGGCCGCCGCCCAGCCCGACGCGGACAUCCCCGAAGGAACCACAGCUGAAGAAGCCGGCGUGGGAGACACCCCCAACCUGGAAGACCAAGCUGCGGGACAUGUGACUCAAGAGGCGCUGAGAGUUGCCGGCUGGCAGAGGGAAGCACCUGAGCGGCCCCUGGGCCAGAAGCAGCCAGAAGCCUCGGCUGAGUUGGUCACACCCCUUCCUGAGCAGCGUCCCGUCUUCCCAGAGCCUCCUCCACCAGGAGGCCCUCAGGAGCUCCCCCAAGAGUGGGGACCAACACAUGGGGACCUGGCCAAGGAGGGCCUGGCCUCUCUGAAGCCUGCGUCCGCCGGAUCUCUGCAGAAGGUGCCUGAGAUCGUCAAGGCCCAGGAACGCCUGGGCGGGGAGCUGGGGCUCCAAGGAGGCCAGGCCUCGGACCCAGGGCCCCCCAGCCUGAUCUGCCAGGACGAGCCUGCCCUGUCUGGGGCUCCCCUCCUGCCUGAAGGGCCCAGAGAGGCCGCACACCAGCCCCCGGGGCCAGGACCCAUGGACACUGAGGGAAGCCCUGAGCUGCUGGCGUGCUCGGAGGGGCACCAGGGCAAAGAGAGGCCGGGCGGCCCGGAAGAGGUAGAUGAGGACCAGGACAUCGACGAGUCCUCCCCACAGGAGUCGCCCCCCUCCCAGGUGUCUCCAGGCCAAGGUGGGCCACCCCCCGGGACCCUGGGGCUCCCCGCCGGUGGUGCCGUGCCACUUCCUGUCGACUUCCUCUCCGAAGUCGCCACAGAGACCCAGGCCCGGGUGCCCGCGAGGCGCAGCCCGCCCCCCCCGGGGCUGCUGGCAGCAGAGCCUGAGGCGCCCCCUGAGCUCCCCCUGCAUGGGGAGGUCACAGCCUGUGUGCAGCACCAGGAGCAGGAGCUGGCACACUCCAAGCCGGAUUUGGAAGUGACUGCACUGCCGGGGGGCCCUGGAGAGAAGCAAGAGGCCCAGGGCCCCUCCUUGGGACAGGAUACACAAGAGGCUGGUCUUCCGGAACCAUCUAGAAAGCACCCCGCAGCUGGUCUGCCCGGGAGGCCCGCCAGCCGGGUCCCGAAGCUCAAAGCUCGCUUGGUCAGUAAAGGCAAAGAUGGGACUGGAAGCGAUGACAAAAAAGCAAAGCCACCCACACCUUCCUCUGCUAACACGCAGAGAACUAGGCCCUGCCCUAGCCCCACACGCCCCUCUCCUGGUAGCUCAGACCCUUUGAUCAAACCCUCCAGCCCUGCCGUGUGCCCAGAGCCAGCUUCCUCUCCUAAACACGUCUCUUCUGUCACACCCCGAAAUGGCAGUUCUGGAACAAAGGAGAUGAAGCUCAAGGGGGCUGAUGGGAAAACUGGAACGAAGAUCGCCACACCCCGGGGAGCUGCCCCUCCAGGCCAGAAAGGCGCAGCCAACGCCACCAGGAUUCCCGCGAAAACCACGCCCUCCCCCAAGACCCCGCCGGGCACUGCUACCAAGCAAGUGCAGAGAAAGCCGCCCCCUGCAGGGCUCAAACCGGAGCGAGGUGAAUCGGGGAAAUCUGGGGACCGUAGCGGCUACAGCAGCCCCGGCUCCCCCGGCACCCCUGGCAGCCGCUCCCGCACUCCAUCCCUGCCCACCCCGCCCACCCGGGAGCCCAAGAAGGUGGCAGUGGUCCGCACUCCGCCCAAGUCGCCGUCCUCCGCCAAGAGCCGCCUGCAGACGGCGCCUGUGCCCAUGCCAGACCUGAAGAACGUCAAGUCCAAGAUUGGCUCCACCGAAAAUCUGAAGCACCAGCCGGGCGGCGGGAAGGUGCAGAUAAUUAAUAAGAAGCUGGAUCUUAGCAACGUCCAGUCCAAGUGUGGCUCAAAGGAUAAUAUCAAACACGUCCCCGGAGGCGGCAGUGUGCAAAUCGUCUACAAACCUGUCGACCUGAGCAAGGUGACCUCCAAGUGUGGCUCACUGGGCAACAUCCAUCAUAAACCAGGAGGUGGCCAGGUGGAGGUGAAAUCUGAGAAGCUGGACUUCAAGGAUAGAGUCCAGUCGAAGAUUGGGUCCCUGGAUAACAUCACCCACGUCCCUGGUGGAGGAAAUAAAAAGAUCGAAACCCACAAGCUGACCUUCCGUGAGAACGCCAAAGCCAAGACGGACCACGGAGCGGAAAUCGUGUACAAGUCGCCCGUGGUGUCUGGGGACACGUCUCCACGGCACCUCAGCAACGUGUCCUCCACCGGCAGCAUCGACAUGGUGGACUCGCCCCAGCUCGCCACGCUAGCCGACGAAGUGUCCGCCUCCCUGGCCAAGCAGGGUUUGUGAUCGGGCCUCCGG